UUCUCCUCUGUUGUUGCUUGUUCCAGCUGUUGUAGUGAGACUCUCUCCGUGUCGCUGCAACUGCAGUUUUUGUCGUGUCCGUCGGGAUAUAUCCCACACUAUCAGCUUGACUGCGCUGCACUGACCACGCACGAAUUGUGAGUACAGCACCAUGCCGCGUACAUACUGCUGCGUUGACUUCUGCGGAACAUAUUCAGGGUUGGGUAUAACUAUGCAUAGUUUUCCCCGCGACACCGUUCACUGGCAGAAGUGGACCGAGUUCGUGCGCGCCACUGGACGCUUGGAGUGGACCCCGCUGAAAAGCAGCGUUAUCUGCUCCCUUCAUUUCGAGCGUGCAUGCUAUAAAGAAAACCUGCUGGACUUAACGCAGUCCGAUUUUCCACCAAGACGACGUGCCCUCAGGCCUGGUGCUGUGCCGACUAUUUACGCCGCCUUGUGUCCUGCUCCAUUCCCCAAGCGCCCUCGACGACAGUCGUGCUCGGACACGGAGCGUGAGCCAGCUGCCCCCCAUCCCGGGUCGAUGGACCUCAACGCUGACUACGAGAUAAACGAGGCCGCAAAUGCAUCAGGUGAAGUAAUUAAGCUGGAUGCACCAUCCCAGCGCUUCGUUGAAGUUUGUUCCAAGGCCACUCAGGCGGCUCUGAAGGCUACAACAAAAUCUGCAAAGGUGCAAGCAAGCCGAACUGUCAAGGAAGUGGCAUGCCAGACUGAUUUGGAAUUGCCGGACAUCCUGUUGAUGGAGGAAAUGCGUCAGCGGUGUUCUACACCUUUCAUCAAUUCAUGAAUUUUGAAUGCAUACUAAUGUCGGGUGGAUGCUUUGUAAGGGGCG